UCCAUCCCCACACAUCCUCAUCCAUCCUCCCGCACCCCCACAGCCUACCCUCCAACAUGUUCAAGAGCAUCGCCAUCGUCUUGAGUGCCUGCGUGGUUGGCUACUUGGCCAUGCCCCAGCAAUCCCCCAAUGACCAAUCCUACCUUUUUGCCGACCAGACCGAGAGCCUUCUCUACACGCCCCUGUCCUUGUCCUUCUCUUGUGAAGGUCAGCAAUACGGCUACUAUGCUGAUGUGGACAACGGCUGUCAGGUGUUCCACAUUUGCUUGCCCAUCGAGGAUGAUGCCGGCAGUGUGAUUGAGACCGCUCAAUGGUCGUUCAUCUGCGGCAACGGAACCGUGUUUGACCAACAGACCCUGACCUGCAACCACGAACAAGAUGCCUUCCCUUGCAGCGAAGCCGCCUCCCUCUACAACACGGUGGAGUUCGGCAAGAUCCCCGACUACUAAAUGAUUUCCUGUGUGAUUGGAUGUGAAGUGAAAAAUCAACAGUCAAACAUGCAAAGUUUUGAGUCGUUCAUUCACCCAUUUGCCAAGCAAAGACUGAUGUCGGAUUGCUUUUAAAGAAGCCACUGCUAUUUAAACCACACUAUUUUGACGCCUAA